AGAGGAACAAACCCUAAAUGCGAUAAAGUAAAACCCACACACACUCUCUAAUCUCCAUCUUCUCCACGCUCCAUUGCUCCAUCCAUGGCUUCGCAAAUGGCGAUCCUCUUCCGAACUCGUUCCCUUCUCCCCAAAACGACAACAACAAUCAAAAGCAUAACCACAUUCCCAUUCCUCUCGCAGGAACCACAGCUUGUGGACCCCACCCCCGCCCCGACUCACACCUCACUCCCUCCAAACCCAGCCUCUGGAAGUCCUCUCUACAACGAGAACUGGCGCAGCCCAAUCCCACCCUCAACCUCCUCCCACGCGCUCACCACGCUCGGCAGCUACAACCGCACCACCUCAGACACCUACGAUCCCCACGCGCUCCUCGACCUCUUCGGCGAUUGGAUGGCCUCGCAGCGUUGGCACGACGUGAAGCAACUCUUCGAGGCAUGGGUUAGGUCUCUCGACAAGACGGGUAAACCUAACAAACCCGAUGUUAACCUCUUCAACCAUUACCUCAGAGCCAAUCUCAUGAUUGGUGCCUCCGUUGAUGAAUUGCUUGACCUUGUUUCUCAAAUGGACCACUUCAACAUCUCCCCCAAUACUGCGUCGUUUAACCUCGUCCUCAAAGCCAUGUACCAGGCCAACGAAACCGUCGCUGCUCAGAAAUUGCUCCAACGGAAAUCCAUCAAUGGUGAUUGUUCCUUGAUUACUUUUUGCGUAUGUUGCUUGCUUUUGUUGAUCUUGAUGAAGACGAAAGCUCACUCUUGUAGAAAGCCAGACUCUUAAGAGUUAAGAGACAGUAAUUUAAUAAUGGGAGUUUUGUGUCUAAUUCCCUGCUGAUACAAGAUUGUAGUUGCUUGUCUAUCUCAUAUGGUUUGAAUGACCGAUCCAUACAGAAUUUGAGAUAGACAAAGUGGGCUCUGUGUCAUUUGAGUAGAGAUGACCUCGUUCCUAACAGAGCUAGAUUGUUAAAACAGGAGAUUUUCUACUUGAAAUGGAGUUUUGCUUCUCACACCCAGCCGAAUGGGCCUUGCUCUUGCCUCAUAUUUUCUCAUAUUUUUUAACAAUAAAGUUGAAAAAACCAAUAAGUAUUAAGUACAACGAUGAGACUAACCAAUGUCAAAAUUACUCUCUUGGUAGUUUAUUCUCACCGUUUGUUUGUAUGUUUAAAUUGAGUACAUGUGCCUCCUUAGAUAUCAAGCUUUGCUAUGUUAUUAUCAGGAUGCUGGAGACAGGAAAGGAAUCACUCCCCGAUGAUGAAUCAUAUGACUUGGUCAUUGGAAUGCUCUUUAACACAUACGAGAUUGAUGCUGCAUUCAAAUAUAUAGAUUUAACUUUGAAAUCUGGUUACAUGUUGUCCAUGAAGGUAUUUAUGGACUCUGUAAAGAGUUGUGUCAAUAAGGGCAGGCUUGAUACAUUGGUGACAAUAAUCGAAAGGUGCAGGACAACAGAUCAAAACAAAGCUCUUUGCCCUUCCUGGAACUCGUGCAAUUUUAUUACUGAAAUUGCAAUUCAAGAGGAUAAUAGCAAGUUAGCUUUUUACGGCCUGGAGUUUAUGGCUAGAUGGAUUGUAAAGGGUGAACGUGCAAGACCCCCUAUACUUCUUUCUGUAGAUGAAGGUUUAGUUCUGUCAGCUAUUUUGACUGCAGGUAGAACAUAUGAUUCUGAGCUUCUAGGGGCAGCAUGGGCUGUUUUGAUCCGCUCAUUGCGUAAAAAGAAAGCUCCUAAUCCAGAAUCAUAUCUUGGAAAGAUACAUGCACUUGCAUCAUUGGGGAAUCUACAAAAGGCUUUUGGUACCCUGAAUGAAUACGAGUCUGCUUAUGGAGAUGCUGGUCAAGAAGCUGAAGAGUUGUUCUGCCCAUUUACUUCGUUACAUCCAUUGGUUGUGGCUUGCUCCAAGAAGGGUUUUGAGACUUUGGAUAACGUUUAUUUUCAACUGGAGAAUUUAAAUCGUGGAGAAAAUCCUUAUAAAUCUGUUGCUGCACUAAACUGCGUCAUUUUAGGAUGUGCAAAUGUAUGGGACCUUGAUCGUGCUUACCAAACUUUUGAAUCAAUUGGAUCUACUUUUGGGUUGACCCCUGAUAUUCAUUCUUACAAUGGGCUUAUGUAUGCCUUUGGGAAGCUCAAGAAGACACAUGAAGCUUCAAGGGUGUUUGAGCACCUAGUGAGUUUGGGUCUCAAGCCUAAUGCAAAAUCAUAUUCUCUGCUUGUUGAUGCCCACUUGAUUAACCGGGAUGUCAAAUCUGCUCUGGCAGUGAUUAAUGAUAUGACGGCUGCCGGAUUUGAACCAUCAAAAGAGACACUAAAAAAAGUCAGACGGCGAUGCUUACGAGAGAUGGACUAUGAAAGUGAUGACCGAGUGGAAUCACUAGCUAGAUCCCUGAAUUACCGACUGGGUUCAGAAGGCCGGCGGGACAUGCUGUUCAAUCUUGAUUACAGUAUGGAGUAUCCUUGAAUAGUGCACUUAUCUGUGAAGUUCAAAUGAAUUAUUUAAGUUAAUUGACAAAUCUUUUGUUGCAUCCAUUUCCGAUGGAAUCCCUGUGUGUAUGUUGCUGGAUGCUACUCAGCUUGUCGGGGCAGGAUGAUUAAAUGAUCGCUUCCUGCAAUCUUCAUUUUUGUAUUUACGUGUUUACGAAGCCGGGAGGGUGUCGAAGAUGGAAUUAGCUUUUUUAAGGAAAACCAAAAGCAGUGAUUUUUCCAGCGAAGUUUUUUGAAAUAAUUAUAUUAUAGAACAGGGCCAAUUUUAGUAAGAUAGAGAUCAGGCUAGUCACUUAUUUUUCUCGUGGUUCUUUUUUUCUUUUUUCUAUUUUCGGCACUAUCUAUUUUUAACAACCUAGUGCUGGCAAUCACUGGAAGCGGCAAGAAUUUGGAAACUGCUUGUAUGGUGCUGUGGUUGUAUUAAAUUCUACCGCAAAUAAGGUAACACUUUCAAUCGAGCAGUCGUUUGAAACUUGUCCAAAAUAACGAGGUGAAACAUACCCCUUUGUAUAGAUAAUUUAAGAGCAUGUUGUUUUUGUAUAUAUUAACUUGAAAAUUCUUCGUAAAUUCGGGUUACUUGGAUGAUUUUUAU